AUAUACGAAAUAGCUCUUGCUCUCUUCCUCUUGUGCUGUCCUUAUGUUCUUCUUCUAGUUCUUCUACCCUCUUCUUCACUCUUGUUCCAUCACUGCUUUCAGAGCUUCCUAUUUCUCUUUGAAGAAGAGGGGCACAGACCCAUGAAGAGGCUCGUAACUGUGCUUUUACUCAUAAUAUUAAGCACUGCUCUGGAAGGCAAUGGAGAAGAUGAUCAUGAACCGUGUAAAGAAAAAGUGUUGGAUCCUAGGCCUCACAGCGUGUCAAUCUUAGAGUUUGGGGCAGUUGGAGAUGGAAAAACACUGAACACAGUUGCAUUCCAAAAUGCAGUUUUUUAUGCCAAGUCAUUUGCUGACAAAGGUGGGGCUAAACUAUAUGUUCCAUCUGGCAAGUGGCUCACUGGAAGUUUUAACCUUACCAGCCACCUCACUCUCUUUCUUGAAAGAGGCGCAACCAUCAUCGCAUCACAGGAUUAUGCACACUGGACUGCAAUGGAUCCCCUACCCUCCUAUGGUCGAGGUAUUGAUGUUCCUGUUGGGAGAUACCGCAGUUUGAUUUAUGGACAGAACUUAAGUGAUGUGGUGAUUACAGGUGAUAAUGGAAUUAUUGAUGGGCAGGGUUCUGUUUGGUGGGACCUAAUCAGUACUCAUUCCUUAAAUUAUAGCCGACCACAUAUUAUAGAACUUGUUGGUUCUGAUAAUAUCAUAAUCUCAAAUUUGACAUUUUUAAACUCUCCUGCUUGGAGCAUCCAUCCCGUAUAUUGCAGUAACAUUCAAAUCCAGAAGAUAACAGUUCAGGCACCAACCAAGUUCCCUUACACAAGCGGUAUAGUUCCAGAUUCUUCUGAGCAUGUUUGCAUUGACAACUGCAAUAUUAGCACUGGUCAUGAUGCAAUUGUGCUGAAGAGUGGUUGGGAUGAAUAUGGAGUUGCCUAUGGCAAACCAACCUCAAACGUCCACAUCAGGGGUGUUUAUCUACAAUCGUCAUCUGGUGCUGGCCUAGCGUUUGGAAGUGAGAUGUCUGGAGGCAUAUCUGAUAUAAUUGCAGAGCAGCUCCAUAUUACCAACUCAACUUUUGGCAUUGAACUGAAGACAACUAGGGGUAGAGGUGGCUACAUGAAAAACAUUUUCAUUUCUGACGCAAAAUUGGAAAAUAUUUACUUGGGUAUCAGCAUGACGGGAAGUUCUGGCUCCCAUCCAGAUGACAAGUAUGAUCCUAAUGCAGUUCCGGAUGUUGGUAAUGUUACUUUUGAGAAUGUGAUUGGUGCAAAUAUUGCUAUUGCUGGGAAUUUUUCAGGAAUAGUUGAUUCGCCUUUCACUCCUAUCUGUCUUUCAAACGUGACUUUUUCUACCAGUUCCGAGUCAUCUCCUUCAUGGUUUUGUUCUAACGUAAUGGGAAUCUCCAAGGAGGUGUUUCCUGAGCCAUGUCCUGAUCUGCAGAACACGUAUUCAAACUUUUCCUCUUGCUUUUCUUCCCUACAUCCGUCAUCUAGUUUUGUCUCAAGCGCAUGAGAUAGCCAUCUCUAAGGAUCUAGUCAUUCCUUUGAUUCAACCUGUACAUGAGACACAAAAUUCAUAUUCCAUCAGGAACUUCAUUACAAUUUUCCAAUAAAAGGAAAUUCUUGAUGUAAAGAUGUUCUUUCUCUUCAACAUUUCAAUGAACCUUCCUCUUGUCUGUGCAUGAAAAGUCCGUCUCUGAAUAGUAUAUUUUAUGUACAGCCUCAAUUUGUUCAUUCAUGUACUAGAAAAUUUUGAUGUUGGUGUACAGCCCAAGAUAUUAUUUUCCACUUACCAUGUAUAAUAUGGAGUGCUACAUUGAUUUGUUGUCCAUGGCUGGGCAUUGUGAGGGUGUGUGGUGUGCUGGUCUUGACAAAACUACGGUUUUCUUUGCAUAGUUAUCUUUAUGUUAGACCACUGGAUUAAUCUAGAGUAUCUUUGUUUUUUGUUUCUUAA